AUGGAAUACAAGGAGAACAUAGACGAGUGGCAACAAAUCGAAACCUCCGAAUGGAACACGGAAAUUAUCAACGAAAACUACCUCGAAGUUGGUGACCAAGCUUCUUCCACUGACGAUCCUCGAAGCCCCACUCCCACCCGCCACGAACUCUCAUUGUCACAAAUCGUUCCAACCACAGUAACGGAUCCCGAAGACGAAACCUCCUCGCCGUUAACACCGUCGACGGCGCCGUUAGAUUGGCGUGUGAGGGUGGUUAAGGAAGGGAAGAAGGUGUUGAAGCUGCGGUUAGAGGGUAUGAGAGAGCGCGUUUCUGGCUUGGCUUCCAAGGUUAGUAACUGGGCAAUGUGUACGGGGGCGUUUUGGUCAUUUACGCAUGUGGGCGGAGCUUCUGCUGUGGCGGUGUUGGUGUCGCUGGUUUACGUGGUGUUUCGGCGGCGGAGGAGGAGGGUUAGUCGGCGUAACGUGGUGGUGGAUCGUUGCGUCGAUCUUCUGAGAGAGAAAGAUGAGGUGAGUGUGCAUUUAACAUGUUUCAUUUCUACAUUCUUUGCUAUUUCUGCAUAUGCAUCCUGCAAGGUUGGAAGUAAAACUGAUGGAGUUUGUUAG